GGUCCCGAAAGCGGUGUUCUUGCUUUGCCCCGAGUUUGAUACGAUCGGACACGUGUUGCAGUCCGAGGGUAUAUCAUCGGCACGUGUUUCUUUCGCCCGUUCCUGCGACAGGUGGGGACGGAUUGUUAUUGGUUAGUUUGUUGUCGAGUAGAACGUUGAGCAGGGACAUUGAGGAGAAUGGUAACCGUGGGGAAUUAACGGGGCGUUAUCAAAGGUAUAAAUCGAGCAGCUGGUAACAUGGAACUGUAAUUAUACGAUACCUAUCUGGCCUAGUAUGCCGCCAUAUAAGUCAAGAUGCCCUCGAAGAUGAGUGGCAGUGGCAGCCAAUGCCAAAUCGUCGAGCCGCCCAGUUGGUCGAGUCCCUCUGCCAGUCCGUCUCCCCCACCUCCGCCGCUGCCCCCGCCAGUAGCGGCGCGCUGGGCUCGGACAGAGCAGAACAGUUCAGAUUCAUGUCCGCACUGCAGAGGGAGAUUGGCUUCGUUACCUACGAGGACUACGUCGUUGAGUAGUUACUCGUGCAAAGAUAGAAGUACACCGAUUCCGCGCCCUCCCGACGACGAAGAUUCAUUUCCGGUCCUAUGCGAUCGGGAACUCCAUUCGUUACACCGGAACAUUCCGGCGCUCAGAAGAAGAGAUGUCGAUACAGCAACGAUUAAGCAACAUUAUUAUCCCGAAGGUGGUUGGGGUUGGUUAGUAUGCGGAGCAGCGUUCCUGGCUCAUCUUCUAACGUCUGGCCUUCAACUAGCUUUUGGAUUAUUGUAUUUGUACACCAUGAAGUUCCUAAUAAAGAGCAAACACGAAGCCGAAAGAGAAUUCUACGUCAUGGCAACAGCGUGGCUGGGUGCGCUCUGUCUCUGCGUUUCCUUCACAACCUCGCCUCUUAUAGUGGCGAUUUGUCGACGAAAAUCAACCCGACUUGCGUCAGUACUAGGUGGUCUAGUCCUAGCACUGGCUUGCCUUUUUACUUCGUUCGCGGUGAAAUUUCAUCAGGCGUUGCUUAGCUACGGUCUUGUCUUAGGGAUGGCCGCAGGUAUAGUCAGAGAAACUUCUACGAUAGUUCUCGGACAUUAUUUCAAGAAGAGACGGGAGUUUGUAGAAAUGGUUGCGCAGACUGGCACUGGGGUUGGAAUCGCAUUGUUUUCUGUUCUCUACAAAGAAGCCGUUGGGAAAUUAGGAUGGCGACUUGGACUGCAAGCCAUUACCGGUAUACUAGCAUUAGCUUUCUUCCUACCCGUCGUGUACCGUUCGGCUAACCUCUAUCAUCCUCAGAGGAGGGCGAUAACUCACCUUAAAAACCAAAGAAAAAAAAUGAAAGAGAAAAAGACCCAUUCGAAAGGCAAGAAACCGCCUAUGUUCGACUUCAGCCCUUUAAAGAGCAGAGGACUUCGCGUCAUAAUGUUGGCAUGUGCCUUUGGUGCGUUGGGAAUCUACGCACCAGUAUUUUAUUUAGUUUAUCAAGGGUACCGUGAAGGCAUUGAGGACAGCGCACUUGUGCUGCUGCAGACUUUUAUGGGGUUUUCCUCUGCUCUCGGCUGUGUAGGCUUUGGCAUAAUAACGGUCAGACCUAGCACCCAGUGUACAAUUUCUAGACAGUAUCUCUGUCAAACGGCCUUGAUAGGAAUUGGUAUUUCUUUAUUAGCCUUAAGCGCUGUCCAAGGAUACCACGGCUAUGUCCUGUUCGUGUGGCUGUAUGGUAUUUGCCUUGGUGGCUUCACCUAUUCAUUGAAAAUGUUCGUCCUCGAACGAAUACGAAACAGGCAUUUCACCAAAGCAUGGAGUUUCAUCCAAGGUGCUAAGUCGAUUCCUGUAUUGUUGGGGAUCCCUAUCACCGGUUAUAUUAACCAAACUUAUCCCAAGGCUGGUUACUAUUUUAGUUUCGCCACUACUUUGAUAGGUGCAAGUCUUAUGUUCCUCGUAGGUACUAAAAAGGACCACGCCGCCAUGAGCAACGGGUCCGGUACAAACUGUAAUUUAAAUAACUGCACCGUUGCCAGUUUGCACGACUGCGUUUGCACGUUAAGGAAUUACAACGGUGUCUGUCAGGCUGCCGACAUAACGCCUUAUUCAUUCUGCAAACAGGGUAGUAAUCAUUACGAAAGGGUAUUUACGAAUUACGAACCGCAGCAGCACUUGGACAGGGCGAAUUUCCACAGGCACUCGUACCGUCAAAAACCUGAGCCCACGAUACACUAUUUGCCCAAGAGUCAGAGUUACGCAGCAAAUAUAGACCACUCUGCGUACGUACAACCGAGGCACCUAUACAACCACCACGACUUGGUACGGUACUCCACUUUACCUCGAACUCCCCACAAAGGUGUUCUUCGGCCGAGCAAAAGUGUUCCGGAAGGGUUGGCUAGGCGAGAGUAUUAUGGAUCUUGCAGGAGACCAGUCAGGAACGUUCAAAUAAUAGAACAGAUUACGACAUCUGUAUAACGUCCCUGUAAGCAACAUCGUGGAGACGUCAAAUAGUCAUCCCUUUUUAGUCAUUAUUUUUCCAUUUCCUCGUUCUUUAUGAUGUUGCUCCUUUCCAAUUCGUUUUAUUUUCCCCCUUUUCACUAGUAGGUACUCGCUUGUAAUUUAGGUGACACAUUUUCACGCUGUGAGGCGUAAUCUCUGUCGAAAUUACGUAGGUAAUAUUCUAGUCAACAAUUCAAAUAUAUUAAAAUAAAACAAAAAUAACCCAGCGGAUAUCUGAUGAGUAUGGAGAGUGCCUAUCGUGAUAACUAUUUGAUUUAUAGCCCUGGGAACUGGGAAGAACUGCGUUUCGCUUUAUCCCGAAACGCAAAUUCUAGUGCAUAUUAAAUUGUUAUAUAGGUAAUUUAAAUUAUUAUAUAUGUGGGAGUGUUCGAAAUUGAUGAAUAAUGUAUUACGAUUUAGAAAACCGUGGCAGAUAGAAAAACCGUUAUUGUUUAUUUGGAUACUGGAUACACAACAAUUCCAUGGAUACAAGCAACUCUUUGUAUGAGCUAGAAAGGAGCGUUGGUUAGAAAAAAAAACGUAGGAAUGAAACCUUGAAAAAAUGAGACUGACAACUAACCAAAACCUUAAAAAUAUGAUAUCAUCUAUUUGUAAAAACAAAAUUGAUGAGUAAUGUCAAAUAAUAUUCAACAUCAUUUCUAAAUCAAAUUUUCGAGACUUUCAUCAAUUUUUUUAAAUGGAUAUUUAAAAACUAAUGCAGCUGCAAGCCUGUAACAUCAUGUUUCUAACAAAUUUGUCUAAUACUUUCCUUAGCUUUAAACUAAAUCCUUCAUCACUAUCGGACACAAACAUUAUUUCAAAUACUUACGAUUCUAGUCAUUCUUAUUUAAUAAUUUAAUAUUGUAUUAAUGCUACGUUGUAAUAGAAACAUAAAUGUCCUGAGUAAUUUUAGGAAAAAUCAGUAACAUUAUCGAUAGUACACAAUUUUUAGUUAAAAAACCUCGCAAAAUUACUAAUAAGUACUUUCGUGUCAUCUUGUAAUUCCACAAUUACAUAAAUUGUGGAAAUUUUAAGGCACAGUAACUGUGACUGUUUUUAAUGUCUUUUUCUGAGGUGUUCGGCUAAAGCUUACAACGAGCGAACAGUGAAGAAGUGCGAAAAAGACGUUGUGCAACUCAAGCGUGCUAAACAUGAUCCCGUAAUGCUAACUAUAUAAUUUGGGUUAAUGGUUAACCAAUGAGUCUUUAUCAUCAAUCACUUUGCGAAUGUUUCUUUUGCCGUAUAGUGUAGCGUCUAGGUUCAAAUUAAUUAAGGGAGAAUUUAAUUGUUUAUAUUAUUAUAAGCAAAGCUUUUUAGGACUACACAGACAGUCUUGAGGGCGGAUGCGAAGUCGGCGGAUAUCAUUCUGAAGUAAAAAAAAGAAAAAUUUUAUUUAUGACGUUUAACCAAUGUCUGCUAGCUACUUUUGACGUAAAAUAGAGCGUUUAUGUUGCAUUUUUCAUUUUAUAAAAUGUUAUUGGUGUUAACAAACCCUAAUGCUCUUUCCAAGAUUUAUCGAAACAAAUAUGGCUGCGUAAAAUGAGUUAAUAAAUAAAGUAAGGAAUGCACAUCAUUCUAUCUCCUUUAAAACAUCGAACAAAUGACCUUUCUAUUUUUUGCUUUUGCACCGAUACGAAUAUAAUUGAUCAAUCUUCGUAUAAUCACUAUUAGAACCCUUAUGGGCCUGCCUAAAUAAGCGAGAAUUAGAGAGUGAUUCUUCUUGCCCUGUUCAUGUUUCUUGUUUUCUACAACUGAUUGGUUAAAAAAAACUCAUUGCAAAGCCCUGAGAAGUGCUGUUACGCGCUUGAGACAAGUUAGAUACCAGACUUUAAUAAAACUUCAUGCCGUCGAUUUUGUAUCCAGUUUCUUUGAGCAAAAUCCUCUCCCUCCCUUUGGUGAAAAUCCUUGAUACGCGAUUCGUUUAUUCGCUUUGCUGUGUGUUUUAUGUGUACUAUGUAUUAUCGUACUAAUAAUUCGAUAAAUCCACAUGGCCGUAGUGAUGGUAUAACUUUAAUUGGUAAUAUAGAACAGCCAAAAAAUAUGUAAAUAAUUUACAUAGGUACUAAAAUUAGACAAGCAAAGCCGCGUUUUAAUUCAUAUGAAUAUUAGAUGAAAUUAGAAAAAUUUUAUGGCUAUUCAGACUACAAUGCUUUGGAAAUUUAAUUGUAAUUAAAACACAUUAAUAAACUAUUAAAACAAUUAAAUUUAUCUAAACAACAAAUAAGAAGUACAUUAACGUAAUGGAAUCAAAAGUGGGAAAACAUGCUGUUGGAAUAAGUAUAAGUUGUAAACACGUCUAGUUUAAAUGAUUUUCCAAUAUAAUUACAUAUUAAUUAUAAGUUUAUUUUUAUUAAAAUUAAGUAUUUAUUUGUUAAUAACUAUGGCUGAAUGACCACCAAAUACAACAAAUGGAGGAUAUUAAGAGUUCAGAUGAGAUCUGUCUAUAAAUAUGUUUAAUAAAUUAUUAAAUACUUUAGCCGAUGCGGAACUGAAUAAUCUAAUUGUUAAGAAUGAACGUAUUUCUUUUAUUAUUUUAUUAGGUAGAACUAAGAAUUUGGUAAAGCAAUAUAUCUAUGGUUGUGAUAUAAUUUCCUAGUUUGUAUAUAGAAACUACUUAUUAAAAUGCGUACUUGUUCUUAAGUUGUGAAUAAUUAAAGAUAUUAAGGAGAUAUAUGUCCUACACAUAAAUAUAAAUUAUUAUAAACGUGAAUCUUGAAACCUUAUGAGGGAACAAAGUACACUUAAAUAUUUAUUUGAUAGAAUUCCCUAGCUAUAAAUUUAUAUCUACAUUAUUCAGUUAUGUAAAUAAUAUGUACAAAUUUUAAGAAAUCUAAAUGGCGUGAGAAUCUAAAUAUUGAAUUGUAAAUAAAUUAGAUUUUAAAUACAAUUUAUAAAAUAGGCAAUAUUUGUGUUAAAUAAAUUUAAUUAUUGUUUUUCAUAGAUGAAUUAUACUGUUAAUGAUUUUGUUAUAA